AUGUCCGUCUCCCGUAAUUUCAUGGAAUUACAUAAUGUUCCCGUUGUUUUUCGAGAUCAAUGUGUACAUCGCUGGGUGCCAUUUCAUCGUUGUAUAAAAAAUUUGAAACCAGUUACAUGGGGAACAGUCAACUGUCAUGAAUUUGAAGAAUCUUGGAUGGUAUGUCGGGCUUAUGAGACAUAUCGCAAUCAACUGUUAAAAGGGAAGUUUAUGGAAUUAACAAAAGAUUACACUGCUGAAGAUAAGAAAUUUUUCCCUAGUUUGCUCUAUUUGGGUAUCCCUACGUAUAUGAAUUCUUUCUAUUGGGCUAUGGCAGCCUCUCAGAGAUUAAGUGGAUGGGAUGAAAAGGACCCUAAAAAUCCUAUGAUGUGGCGUGAACCUAACAGAGCUCUUAUGCGAUCAGAGUUUUCUCCCACCAACUGGGAAAGGGGAACUAUGACGAAUGCGAUAGGUCACAAACUCAUUCCUGAUGAGAUUGUUUAUGAUAUGGUUCCAGGUUUUCCAUUACCAGAAGACAAACGACCUGAAAUGCCAGUCUCGUAG